UGUGAAAUUAGAAGCUCCGUACCGCCUAUAUAUUGAACACAAAUUUGUGCCACCCUCACCACCUUAGUACUCAUAUUUCUCUUCUGCAACUUUUCUUCAAGAAUGGAAGAACAAGAUCAGAAGGAAUUGCAGCUCCUCCCACCCACAGCUUCUUCAUCAUCAUCAUCCUCACUUAAAUUGAUCAGAUCAGCACAGUCGGAUCCCUACGAUGGGCCAUCAUCACUAGACCUUCAAUUGUCGAUUAGCGUGAGGCCAAUUAGACCCCCACGGUCAUCCAAUUGUGUUGCAAUGAAGCCAAUUGGUGGUGAUUACAGUAGCGAUGGUGGUUGUGUUGUCGAGGCACUAAGAUGGCAGGCAGCGGAGCAAAUUAGGCUGGCAGCCAUGGAAAAAGCAUACGCGGAGCGGGUGAGGGAGCUGAGCAGGCGGGAAAUGGAGUUGGCUCAGUCAGAGUUGACACGUGCCAGGGACAUGUGGGAGAGAGCUUGCCAGGAAGUCGAAAAGGCUGAAAGAAUGAAAGAGAAGGCGACUCGAAGGAGGAUAGACUCUUCCUCCAUUACAACUACUACUACUACGUGCAUGGAGAUCACUUGCCAGUCUUGCAGGCAAAAGUUUCGGCCUUAAUUAAAAUCAAAUCCUCCUCCUAUGUAUUUUCAUUCGCACAAUCAUGUAUCGAGAUUCCUAUUACUUCACCUAGGAGAUCUCUAUCUUUAUCCAAAUUUCUGUCAUCUGUUUCAAUAUGUACUCUCAGUUACACUCGAUCAUAUAUUGAGAUUUAAACAGUA